GCUGUUCAGUCCAGCUGUCUGUCCAGUCCAGCUGUCUGUCCAGCCAGCUUUCCAGUGCACCUGUCCUGCAGCCCCGACUCCCAGCAUGGCCAGCUGACCCGGCACCAUGCGCUCUCCCCCCCUGCACCUCCUCCUGCUGGCCCUCUUGGCCGCCGUGCGCCCCGCCGGCGCGGCGCCCGGCGCCGGCCUGCGGACCUGGGGCCGCUUCAGCCGGCUGCCCUACCCCGGGGACAAGGCCUUCCUGUACGACACGUUCCCCCGGGGCUUCAUGUGGGCCGUGGGCACCGCCGCCUACCAGGUGGAGGGCGCGUUCGAGCGCGACGGCAAGGGGCUCUCCAUCUGGGACACGUUUACGCGCGGGGGGAACCGCCUGGCCACGGGGGACGUGGGCAGCGACAGCUACCACAACAUCCAGGCGGACACCCGCGCCCUGCGGCAGCUGGGGGUCACCCACUACCGCUUCUCCCUGUCCUGGGCCCGCAUCUUCCCCAACGGGACGCGCGGCAGCCUGAACCCGGCAGGAGCCGCCUACUACCGGGCGCUGCUGCGGCGGCUGCGGACGCUGGGCGUGCAGCCCGUGGUCACGCUGCACCACUGGGACCUGCCCGAGGCUCUGCAGCGGGGCCUGGGCGGCUGGGCCGACCCCCGCAUCGUGGAUAUCUUUGCAGACUACGCGGACUUCUGCUUCGGCGCGUUUGGAGACGACGUGCGCUACUGGAUCACCAUCGAUAACCCGUUCGUGGUGGCGCAGCACGGGUACGGGACCGGGGUGGUGGCGCCUGGGGUGAGGAACCACCCAGACCUGCCGCUCACCGUGGGACACCACCUGCUCAAGGCCCACGCCGCCGCCUGGCACGUGUACGACCGGCGGUACCGGCCCCGGCAGCGGGGGCAGCUGUCCAUGGCGCUGGCCUCCCACUGGAUCAAGCCCAGCCGCACGCGGCUGCAGAGCCUGCGGGAGUGCCAGUGCUCCCUGGACCACGUGCUGGGCUGGUUCGCCCGGCCGCUCUUCACCGACGGGGACUACCCCCCCUGCAUGAGGGCGCGGCUGGGCGCCCGGCUGCCCUCCUUCACCCCGGAGGAGCGCCGGCAGCUGCGGGGCACCGCAGACUUCUUCGCCCUGUCCCACGGAGCCACGCUCAGCUUCCAGCUCAUCAACGACAGCCUCAAGUUCGAGCAGCAGGAGGACCUGGACCUGCGGAUGCUGCUGUACUGGGUCAACGCCGAGUACGACCGGCCGCCCAUCUUCGUGGUGCAGAGUGGCUGGUACGUCCUCGGCAGCACCAAGACAGAAGACCCCAAGCACAUGUACUACCUGAAGAGGUUCAUCGCUGAGACACUCAAGUCCAUCGUCCUGGACGGGGUGAACGUGAUCGGCUACACGGCCUGGUCCCUGCUGGACGGCUUCGAGUGGCACCGCGAGUACGGGAUCCGGAGGGGUUUGUACUACGUGGACUUCAACACGCCGGACAUGAAGAGGGAGCCCAAGACCUCCGCCACCUUCUACAGGAACGUGAUCCAGAAGAACGGGUUCCCGGAGCUCCCUGAGAACCGUCCGGCCCAGGGACUGUUCCCCUGCGGGUUUGCCUGGGGGGUGUCGGCCAACUCCAUCCAGGUGGAGACCACCCCCACCCAGUUCUCGGACUCCAGCGUCUACAUCUGGAACAGCUCCAGCGGGGGGGAGCUGGUACGCCUGCCGGGCUUCACCGCGCCGCCGCUGCGCCGACGCACGCACUGUGCCGACUACGCCACCAUCCGACAGCAGGUGGAGGACAUCCGGCAGGUGGGCGUCAGCCACUUCCACUUCUCCCUGAACUGGUCUGGUCUGGUCCCCACGGGGGACGUGUCCCGGCCCAACGCCACCCUGCUGGGCUACUACCGCUGCUUCACCCGCCAGCUGCUGCAGGCCAACGUCACGCCCGUGGUCACGCUGUGGCACCACACCCGCCGGGGCAGCAGCCUGCCGGCGCCGCUGGACGCCGCCAACAAGUGGCUCAACAGGAAGACCCCGGAGGCUUUUGCAGACUACGCCAGGCUCUGUUUCCGGGAAAUGGGGGCCCAUGUGAAGAUGUGGAUCACCCUGAAUGAGCCCAACGAUGAGAUGGUGAGCUACCAGGAGGGCCACCACAUGCUGCAGGCACACGCUCGAGCCUGGCGCGCCUACGACCAAGAGUUCAGGCCGUCCCAGGGGGGGAAGGUGUCCCUGGCCCUGCACAUGGACUGGGUGGAGCCGGCCUUCUCCUUCAGCCGGGAGGACGUGGAGCCGGCUCAGAGGGUCCUGGACUUCUCCGUGGGCUGGUUCGCCGAGCCCAUCUUCGGCAGCGGGGACUAUCCUCCGGCCAUGAGGAGCUGGCUGCGGCAGCUCAACUCCCUCGAGCUGCCGGUCUUCAACGAGGAGGACAGGCUGCUGGUUCGAGGGACGUACGACUUCUUUGCCAUCAGCCAUUUCAGCUCCAAGCUGGUGACUCACGCCAAGGAAGACUCGUACACGUACACCGCCAUGCUGGAGGUGCAGCACAUGAUCGACACCACCUGGAUCAUGUCUCCGCGGCCCGUCGUGCCCUGGGGGCUGAGGAAGGCCCUCAACUGGGUGAAGGAGCACUACAGCAAGGUUCCUGUGUAUGUGAUGGCUAACGGGGUCCAGGAGGACCCGGCCCGCUUCAAGGACAGUCUGAGGGUCUACUACCUGUACAACUACAUCAACGAGGCUCUGAAAGCGUACACUCUGGACGGCGUGAACCUGCAGGGCUACUUCGCCUACGCCCUGAACGACCAGCGGGACCCGGGCUUCGGCCUGUACGGCCAGGUCCAGGACGAGGUCAUCGUCAAGGACUCCAUCUCCCACUACCGGAACAUCAUCCGGCACAACGGCUUCCCCCUGCCGGGGGCCGAGCCCCAGCGGUGUCCCGCGCCGGGCCGGGCCUGCCCCGGCUGCCAGGUCCUGCUGAAGAAGACCACGGUGGGGUUCCUGACCCUGGUGGGCUCCGGGGUGCUCAUCACGCUGGGCCUCAUCGUCUACUACACCACCAAGAGGCCCAAACACAGCUACUGAUGCUGGAUGAUCAUGUCAUGGAGCUUUUCCACUAGUAAACUACUCAGCCCGACUGACUCGCCCUCGUUUCUUUUCAACACCCAGAUCAGAAGUAGGAGGUUGGAGAGAAGCUGCUGUGACGUAUUUGAUUGUGUGAUCGUCACAUGCGAACACUUGACUAGGGCUGUACUUCUUAUCAAGGAAAUGGAGCAGACUGAUCUGACGGCAUGUUUAUGUCGCAGAUGUGCAAGUGGAAAUCUGAAAACGCCGCAGAUUUCAGUCCACUUGUAGGUCUGUGUUCAAAAAUAAGUUUGAUGCACAUUUGUUUUAUGUACAAACAGCCCCAUUCACUGCCAAUACUCUGCUGAGUAAUCUGGUGUUCAGUGAAGCAGCCGGCAUUUCCUCAAUUUCACAACUAUGACUUCAUUUAUCAUCAUUCUGCUAACAGGGAGGGGUUCCUGUCUACUAUCGCCUUAUACUUGCUCAGGACAGAGGGCUGAGGUCAAGAUUCAGUUUCCUUGGUUCCUCAGCGCAGGUGGUUUUUUUUUUGCUGGAAAAUAUUAGAAUUGAAGAUUGUAUUUAAUUAGACUGCACUGAACUUGUUUAUUGCCUUUAGUGCCUUUAAAUGACCCGCUGUGACUUGGCACUGCACAUAUAUGGCACAACAUACCAUGAGGAGAUGAUAGAUGUGCUGCUGGGUCUGUGGCUUGUGUUUGAUAUCAAGUUAAAAAAUUAGAGAGAGAAACUUCAAGUGGCGAUGCUUUUUUUUUGUUUCUUUGUCUCUGCACUGCUGAAAAGUCAGCUGGAGCCGUGAGCAGCUAUGAAGAGACAGAGCUCCUGGUGGAUCUGGUCGUUCCUUAUCGCCCGUCUAGAUCCCUUUUUAAUUCUCUCCUCAGCACCAGGUUUAUGAACAUCUGCACCUCAGAGUUGGAUCAGAAACAGACUUUUGCUGCCAUUACCUGUUGAAUAAAAUGAACAAGAAUCCGUCAGAGUCUCUUUCUCUGAUUUCCUCCUCCUGACUCAGACGUCUGACUCCAACCCCCCGACCAAUCGGUGUCCUGUAGUGUGGUGAUGUCAGAUACAGCCGACUCAGCAGCUUAAAACCGUGGCAGAAUAGUUACAGAAAAAGAGUCUAGUCAGCACGUUAGACCCCUGGUGGAAAAGAACCAAAUCAAGUCGAGUUGGGCUGAGUAGGUGCUGGUGGAAAAGCGCCAAUAGUGUCUAGUCUCUACCGGGUCACCGACAGACAAAGUUGUAAAUUAUAAUACUGAGAUCCCAGUAAGCAGACGGUGUCACAUUUGAGGUGUUAUAAGUUAUAUUGAACAUUUUCUAAAUGUUGGUCAAACAAGUAUCAAACACUUAAAUGGGUAGAAGCCACAUGGACUGUAUUUUUCAAUGUUCAUAUUAUUAUUAGUAUUAUUUAAUGUUCAUAUGUACUGAGAAAUUCAUGUUAAUAUUUUCAGGUUAAUUGAUCCAUGUAAUUCUUUGUAUAAAUGCUGUAUUGUUGAUUGUUUGAUUUAAUGUGGACCCCAGGAAGAAUAGUCUUCGGGGAUGGGGAUCCAAUAAAUAAAUGGACCUAUGAAGUACAGGAAUUAUAAGAAAUGAAGCUGUACGUCACCGGGUGAAUAUUAAAACUCAAUCUCUGAAGUUUCAUGCCCGUUAUUCUGACACAUCCUGACAAAAGGUGCAAGCCGUUAGUUCAGGGUCAACGAUCAGGUUGUAUAGUCAAAUGUGAUGAACACUUGUUUGUCCACACUGUUAUGUACCUUAAAAAUGAUCUGUAAACUUUAUUUGUGGUAAUAAAGUCGAUAUUUAAUCAAAUCUAUGAAAAAGAGAAAA